CGGGUGUUUUGAUUGUUGCGUCACUCUCUUAGGGUUAUGACGAUGUGAAAUGAAUUUCCUAUUUGGGAAUCGGUUAUGCAGUAAAACAUUCAAGCCGAGGAAAAACGCCUCUGAGCACAAUAGUAAUAAUAAUAACAACACCAAUAAUAACAAUACUAAUACUAAUAAUAAUCACAACAACAAUAAUAAUCAUGAUAACAAUAGUAAACAGCAUGAUAUACUACCAGAGACAGCUGCUACACUUGGAAGUGGUGAUUUAAGACUGGCUGUUCGUCUUCCAGAAGGUGAAGAUCUACACGAAUGGAUCGCCAUAAAUACUGUAGACUUUUUCAAUCAAAUCAAUAUGUUGUAUGGAACAUUGAUAGAAUUUUGUACAGAUGAUACAUGUCCAAUUAUGUCAGCUGGUCCAAAAUAUGAAUAUCAUUGGGCAGAUGGGCAAACAGUGAAAAAACCUCUGAAAUGCUCUGCUCCUCACUAUAUUGACUGUUUAAUGAUAUGGAUACAAAAACAGUUGGAGAAUGAAGCGAUAUUCCCUUCAAAAAUUGGUGCACCAUUUCCUCGUGAUUUUUUAAAUGUUGUCAAGGUUAUUCUGAAGCGGUUAUUUCGUGUUUAUGCACAUAUUUAUUAUCAGCAUUUCUCUGAAGUUCGUGAUCUACAAGAAGAAGCUCAUUUAAAUACAAGUUUUAAACAUUUUAUAUUUUUUGUAUUGGAAUUCAAUUUAGUUCAAAAGCGUGAAUUGGUUCCUCUUCAACACUUGAUCGACUUACUCACUGGAGAUACUACAUCUUCAAAUGAUAAGAAAAUGAUGAGUGACUCUGCAUCAACAGAUAAUAACUAUUAUUGUGAUAAUAAUAAUAAUAAAAUACACAACGCGACCACAGGUCCGUCGAAUAGCAGUUCCACAACGAAUCAUCGGUCUUCUCAAAAUGGUAAUAGUAAUGCUAACACAACUAAGGAUAACUGAAGUUGCCUUAUAUAAUUAUCAGCGUACACACAAACACACACUCAGAGACAUAUAAUCACUCACAUGUUGCCUUUCAGCACGACUAUUACUACACUAGUACUACUGUCGUACAGCUAGUAACAACAUCAUCGUCGGGAUAAGGUUCGGGUUCACUGUUUAUGACUGACUGUCACCAAUGUGUACUUGCUUAAAUCAUUACUGCUCUGCGCUUGCUUACUGCUCCGACUACUACUCUCUACACUACACUUCGCCUUUUGUUAAUUUUUACAAAAGAAAUCUAACUUGAUGCUUUCAUUAUUACUCUUUAAUCCAUUAUAUGUUUCAUAGUGGGAGAAUGAUUAGGUUUGUCUGUGUAUGUGCGUGCGUGCGUGUAUGUGUAUUUGCUUCUGUGCUUGUGUGCCUUCGUGUAGGAGUGUUUAUUAUGGGGGGGGGGCCUUAAUCUUCUAUCUUAUCUCUAUGCCUGAACAGACUACUAUUCAUAUUACUAUAUGCAAGUGCGUGUGUGCUUGUUUUUGCAUGCGUGUGUAUGUAUGUGUAUAUAUAUAUAAAUAUAUUAUUACAUAUGUUGUAUAAUCAGGUGGUGCACACAUACACACACACACUCACUUCGUUAUUUAUGUACAAGUUUUUGAGUAUGUGGAGGUGAAUAGGUCAACAUCUCAAAGAUUUUUGAUAUGAUCAAGAAGAUAUAUAUGUAUGGACAAUCUGUGUUGUUGUGUGAACACACAAUUCAUUAUUAAGAAAAAAAAUGGAGUAAUAGUAAUAAUAAUAAUAAUAAUGAUAGUACAAUUUGUAUUGAUGCAUUUCUGUUGUGUUUUUUUUCUUUUCAACUCACUGUAUGUAUUCCCCAGUGGAACUUUGGUGGUGGUUUCAAGCCUAUUUUCUUAAAAUUCACUGAUCAAGG